AUGUAUAUCGCCAAAGCCCUCGCUGCCCUCGUCCUCGCUGGUACCAGCGUGACGGCGCUGGUCUCGCCUGACGUCCAGCGCUUUUCCAAGGACGUUGAGGCGGAAAUUUACGAGCGCGACGCGUCUGCGAUGGGCUUCGCUCGCCGCGAGGACCAUCCGAACCCCGAUAUGGUCAGCCGCGAGGUCGAGGACAACGUCCGCCGCUACGUCGCCGUGCUCAUGUCCCGCAUCCACGUGGACUGCCACACGCUGCUCGACACCUGCACGUCCCACACGCAGUGCCAGCUCAAGUCGGCCGAGUGCCACGGGUGCCACAACCACAAGUGCCAGGAAGACCGCGAGUACUCGCCCAGCCCGCCAUCGUCGCCGGGCCACGGGCACGGAGGCCAUAGCCGUUAA